UGGCAGUACUGUUUAUUUAAUUUACGUUUCGACAAUUUCAAUAAUGUAGGUUGUUGGAAAAAAUUCAUAUUGGAUUAAAUUUCAAAUUCUUACAUAGCCACGGCAACGUGGAAGUAAUAAAAUCCAUCUAAACACAAUAAUUACGUAUUCUUAAUAUAAUAAUGCAAAAGUUUUAGUUGGCCGUCGAGGUUAUUGUAGGUUUUGGGUCUUUAAUCAAGAAACCUAUACUGUGCUCUAUAUUUCUGUAAAUAAUUCGUAAAUUAUCAAAAUAAAAUGGGUGUUCCGAAGUUCUUUAGAUAUACUAGUGAAAGAUAUCCCUGUCUUAAUGAAUUGGUGAAGCAAUAUCAGAUACCAGAUUUCGACAAUAUGUAUUUAGACAUGAAUGGGAUCAUUCACAAUUGCUCUCACCCUGAUGACUCGAACCCUCACUUUCGUAUCACCGAGGAGAAGAUAUUUAAGGACAUAUUCCAUUAUCUUGGAACAUUAUUUCAAAUUAUCAAACCCAAGAAAUUGUUCUUUAUGGCUAUCGAUGGAGUAGCUCCAAGAGCGAAGAUGAAUCAACAGAGAGGUAGAAGGUUUAGGUCUGCCCGUGAGGCGGAAAAAUUAGAAGAAGAAGCUAUUGCUAAAGGUGAGGUCUUGCCAACGGAGAAGCGCUUUGAUAGCAACUGUAUCACACCGGGUACAGCAUUUAUGGUCCGUCUACAUGAGCAGCUCAAAUAUUUUGUUAAACACAAGAUGUCUACGGAUCCACUCUGGUCCAAAGUUAAAGUUAUUCUAUCUGGGCAUGAGACACCAGGAGAAGGUGAACAUAAGAUCAUGGAUUACAUUCGAUGGGCACGCUCGCAGCCCGACUAUGAUCCGAACACUCGGCAUUGCCUGUACGGACUAGAUGCUGAUCUUAUCAUGUUAGGCAUGUGCACUCACGAGCCACACUUCGCUCUCUUAAGAGAGGAGGUAAAAUUCGGUAAAACCACACAACGAGCUACUAGUCCUGAAGAGACGAACUUCUAUCUUCUCCAUCUGUCACUACUUAGGGAAUAUCUAGAACAAGAAUUUAUAUCGAUUAAAAAUAAUCUACCUUUUGAGUAUGAUAUAGAGAAAAUUGUGGAUGACUGGGUAUUGAUGGGUUUCUUAGUGGGAAAUGACUUUAUACCGCAUCUACCUCACAUGCAUAUAAGUAAUGAUGCGUUGCCCCUCUUGUACAAAACGUACAUGACCGUAUUGCCGACUUUAGAUGGCUACAUUAAUGAAGCAGGUGACUUGAAUUUAGGAAGGUUCGAGAUAUUCAUGCAGGAGUUAGCUAAAAUCGACAAGGAGAAGUUUCAGGAUGUAUAUACAGAUUUAAAAUAUUUCGAGGGCAAAACAGGCAGGAGGCCCAAUGCUAUGGAGAGACGAGAGUAUAAACCUAACAAUGACGAGACAUUUAAUGUGAAUAUUGAAGAUAUAAAAUCAAAUAAGCCCGAUGAUGAAUUACAAGCACUAAUCAAUGCUACGGAGGACAUGUUCAUAGACGAGGAAGAAUGUGAAGAAGACGAAUAUGAAGAAACAAGUGAUGAGGAAGCCAAUAUGGAAACAGAAUUCAGAUUACACAAACGGGAUUAUUAUAUGAAUAAGUUAGACUACUCCAAAGUUACAGAUGAAGUUUUAGCAGACCAAGCCGAGGGCUAUGUAAGGGCAAUACAGUGGAACUUGUUUUACUAUUACAAGGGCUGCCCAUCCUGGUGUUGGUACUAUCCACAUCACUAUGCGCCCUAUAUAUCAGAUAUUAAGGGAUUUAAGGACUUGAAGAUUGAAUUCGAAUUGGGAGAGCCUUUCAAACCUUUUGAACAGUUAUUAGCAGUAUUGCCGGCGGCUAGUAAGCACUUGCUUCCGACGCCGUUCCACGAUCUCAUGACGGACGAAGACUCGCCCAUCGUACACUACUACCCGCUCAACUUUGAAACCGAUCUUAACGGGAAGCGCAAUGACUGGGAGGCGGUCGUGCUCAUACCAUUUAUCGACGAGACAAAUUUGUUGUCGGCCAUGGCGCCCUGCUAUCAACGGCUGACGGAUGAAGAGCUGAAACGGAAUUCACAUGGACCUAUGCUCGUCUAUAACUGGACACCUGAAAGUCUAGGAGUAGCAGAAGCGCCCAAGUACUUCCCGCGCGUGACCAAUAAUCACGCGAGCGAGCGGUGUGUUUGGCGGCAUGAGUUGGCCGUGCCGGAAGACCAACUGCGGCGUGGCAUGCUGCCCAACGCCAGGAGAGACCUGCUGUUUCCAGGGUUCCCCACCAUGAGGCACCUCAAGUAUAAGGCAUCUCUUAAAAAGUGCAAAGUGAAAGUAUUCGAUCAGCCAUCCCGAAAUGAAAACAUGAUGAUUGAGCUAACACCAGAAAAGCCUCUUGAAGAGUCCUUAGAAGUAGUGGCAAAGGAGUACUUGGGCAAAGUAAUAUGGGUUGGUUGGCCUCAUCUCACGCGGGCAAAAGUAAUAGCGGUAUCCAAUGAGUCCAAACGAUUGCACUACGUGGACAAACGGAACAAUAAUGUGGGCGCGCCGAAUUAUACCACGGAACCGAACACCGGCAACCUGCGUACUCAGUGGAUAUCCGAGCGGUCCACCAUCAUCGAACACAAUUUGAAUCGACUUGGUAUUGAAUUGGGAGAAGUGAAAAUUAUUAUACAUGCAGUUAAUCUUAGGGGUUUCAAAUAUCUGAUUCAGGACAACAGCCAGAUAGCGAUAGAGCCAGAAUGGUGCCAGGUGCCGUGCGGUUACGCAUUGCAAGCCGUGGUACGCGCCGCGGUCGACCUCCACGGUGCGCCCACCCGCUACCGCACGCCGCAGGAGGCUUAUCCUUCCGGGGAUACGGUUUUCCUCCUCACCCCUGGACAGUACUAUGGAUGCUUGGCCACAGUGAUAGACUCGGAGUCGAUCCGCAGCGGCCGCAUCAAGGUGCAGGUGCAGGAGCGCGCCGAGCCCGCGCCGGCGCUGCCCGCCGCCGCCGCGCCCUACCGCGCCGCGCACCACGCCGCCGCCGCCUGCGGCAUAUCGACACAAAUGUUGUCACGCAUCACGGGCACUGUACUGGUGGUGACCGGCGAGCGGAAUGACUUGCCCACAGAGACUAUGAACAAGAUUAACAUUGGACUAAACCUCAAAUUCAACAAAAAGAACCAGGAGGUAACCGGUUUCACGCGGCGCUGCAAGGUGACGAACGCUUGGUUGUACUCGGACCGGUGCAUCGAACUGGUCAAAUCGUACGCGCAGAACUUUCCCGAACUGUUCAACCGGCUCGCCAUGACACUUGGACGUGACAUCUUCUUCGAGGGGGACCUCUGGCCUGGCGAAAUUGGUAACAAGAAACCGCAAGAGGUAGCAGCAUGGAUAAAACAACAACCUCAUGCAUCGGCGGCGCGACGUGAGUGCGGCUCGGAAUCGCUGGAGCCAACCGAAAUGAAAGCGCUGCACGAAGAGCUACAAACGCAACUAAGCCGCCUCUCCGCUGCAGAGAAGCGCGUUACGCUGCAUGUUAAAUGGAGCCUGCUCUAUAAGCCGGAGUUACACGAGGGCAACAUCCAGCCGGACCCCUCGGCGGACUUCCAGCUGCUGGACCGCGUGGUGUGCGUGAGCCCCCGGAUGGCGGUGAAGCGCGGCGCGACGGGCACCGUGGUGGGCGUGCACCCCGCCGCCCACACCAACACCGUGCGCCUGUCCGACCGCCUCAACGCCGAGCCCAGCUACCUCGUCAUGUUCGACGAGCCCUUCCCCGGUGGUAUGACCGAGGAACUCUUCGACGAACCCAGGUUUUACAGAAUGCAAUCAACCGCCCUGUUGAACAUAUCGUACGGGCGUAAGUUGCGUGUCGCAAAAAGUGCGAAUAUGAAACGUGACGAAGUGUCUCUCAAUCACACGCCCAACCUGCUGCGGAAGGAAGACGGACAUCACUCCGCGUUCGCCAGCUAUAGUCCACCCGGCGACAUCGCUCGUAACGUCACUCCGGCUGCAACUGCAAAGGUGGAGAAUAGCCAAUCGCUAGACAACGCUACACACCUAUUGAGAAGUUUGUUGAAAAUAAGCGAGAAUAGCCCUGAAGUACGAAAGGACAAAAAGCCACAAAAUACUACGGAUGAUAAUUGGAGAAUGAAAAAUGAAAACCAUGUGCAACCAGCGCCGCCACAAAGCAACCUAUCUCAUCCGUUUUGGAAACUAUUCGCUGGGAGCGUGCAACAGCAAAACUGGCGUAAAGAGAACGCCGCGGCGUACAGCAGUAAGUCACAGCAACACCAGUAUAGCAAUGAGUGGACCAACAGUAAUUUUAAGACCCAAGUGCCAGUGCCGCCGUAUCCGACCUUUGCGCUGCCGUUCCACGGGCCAGGACCCAACCAAAUCCCAUUCCCGCAGUUCGUGAACCCUCACCAACGGCACGGCUACCACGGAACCCAGGACAACCAGCGCAGCCAGAACCAGUUCAACAGGACUCACCAGAAUUCACAAGGCUUCCCUAAACACUUGCCUACUGUUAGCAACGCCAAUAUUUCAUUAAUACCCAGUUGGGCUGCCGGUCAGAAUUCGACACCAACCGGAAAUCAAAACAAACCAAAUCCUAGUGGCAAUCCAUCUCUUAAUACUAGUGAGAGAUUAAGCAAUCCGUUUGUACCACUUCAAGUACAAACCAGCCAAAGGCGGAUACAAAACACAGGCACAUCAUCUACAAAUAGAAAAGAAGAUAUUCAAGCACCGAAAACUAUAUUACCUAGACCUCAACCAGUUACUCAAAAUGCGACGCAGCAGCAGAGUGCAACAUCACGGCCUAUGAAAAAGAAAAAACCUAGGAUAGCAGCCAACCUACCCUUCCUAACGGAGUAGCCAUAGUUUUCAUAUCAUAGACAAAAAUGUGUUGCCACUUGUUUUUCGGACAAGAGUUAAAUGUUUUGAAAGAAAAAAAGAGUAAAUGACUUAGAAAAAUAAAAAAAAAAAUGUAAAACAUGUAUAUAUUAUGGAAUGUUGAGGUUUAUAAUUGAAGACGAUUGUGAUUUACGUUCUCAAUAAGAUCCCCCCCCCUCCCCCUCCUCUAACACAGUUCCUGAUAUCAUUAUAUAUUGUUGCAUCUCUUAUUUAUUUUCGAAGUCUUAAAUAAUUAAGGCCAAUCAACAACUUUGGCAACAAUCAAGAUUAAUUCAUUGUGUAACUUUAAUGGAAAUCACUCAAAUUCUUUGAAUACUGUCUACGAUAUUGAAUCGUAUCAAUAUGUUUAAUUUUUAACUAAAACUUCUUUUUAAUUGAAGUUAUUUAUGGAAGUGUCAUUUUGGCCUUACCUACUAGCUCAGCAGGCAAUACCUUUAUACAUAUAUAUUUUUACAUAUAUAAAUCAUUUUUUCAAUCUAUUAAUAAUUUAGGGUUCUCAAAUGCAAUGUUACACAUUUGAAAUAUUUUCAAAAGCAUGAAUACAGUUUAUGAUUGAAAAAAAAAAAAAAACACUAUAAGUGGUAAUAUGUGAAAGUUUUGUGAUAGUACAUGAAGGUUAAGUGUG